AUGCGUUCCAAGUUUACUCGACCGGGAGGUAUUCGUGCGGAUCUUGGUGCUAAUGCUGUCCAAAUAGCUUUAUCGCUUGAUGACGCCAAACAAAAUACUAACAUGAAGUCUUUGCGGACUCUAAAACCCAUGAUUGUGAGUGUGCUGGACAUUGGCACAACACACUACGGCCGGUAUCUCUGUGGGUUCGUGGCUAUUGAUGACGCCUUUUUUGGCGUCUCUUCGAUGUCACUCCUUCUUGAGGACGUCACGGGAACGUUGGUGGAAAUUGCCGUCUAUGGACUGGUAGAUACAAAUGUAUGGUUAUACGAGAAACAACACAUCGUGACUUGUAAGUUUCCAUAG